CCUCGGUUCAGUGUAACCAGGCUCUGACUGUGGUCGAGGAAGAAGGCGGAGAGACGUCACAUGGAGAGAUGCUCCCAGCAGUAGCUGCUCCUCCACUAAUCACUCAACAGUAACACAACCAGCCAAGCUAUCAGAGCCUGACACACACCUCGCUGCGGAUUGGUUAUUCAUCCGGAAUAUUACACUUCUAAGAUUCAUAGAACAUGCAGAUUGGGGAAUAACUUUACUGUCAAACACAGUUAUCGUGGCCUCUUCCUGUUUGGCUAGCUUAGCAGGCAGAGCUCAGUCUUCGUGGGCUAGCGACGGGCUAGCCAGCUGGCUAGCUAGCUACUGAAAUCUCUCGGUGUAGUUAGCUAGCUAGCGAGCUGUGGUUACUUCGUCAUGGAUGAACUGGUCGUGGAAGUGAGGGGAACAAGUGGGGCCUUCUAUAAGGCCUUCGUGAAGGACGUUCAAGAAGGCUCAGUCACUGUUGCAUUUGAAAAUAACUGGCAACCAGAGCGUCAGAUCCCCUUCCAGGAUGUGCGUUUUCCUCCUCCCACCGGGUUCUGCAAGGAGAUCAACGAGAGCGACGAGGUGGAGGUGUAUUCCAGGGCCAACGACAAGGAACCAUGUGGAUGGUGGCUGGCCAAAGUUCGCAUGGUCAAAGGAGAGUUCUAUGUAAUAGAGUAUGCAGCAUGUGACGCUACAUUGAAUGAGAUAGUGACGCUGGAGCGGUUACGGCCAGUCAACCCAAAUAAACCAUCCAACAAAAACACCUUCAUCAAGAUCAGACUGGACGUACCUGAGGAUCUACGGCAGAUGUGCUCUAAGGAGUCAGCACACAAAGACUUCAAAAAGGCCGUGGGAGGUUUCAGUGUAACCUACGACUCUGAGAAAAAGCAGCUGGUCAUUUUGUCAGUGAACGAGGUCACAACAAAGAGGGCCAACAUGCUGAGUGACAUGCACUUCAGAAGCCUUCGCACCAAACUGUCUCUCAUGCUGAGGAACGAAGAGGCCAGCCGACAGCUGGAGAGCUCCAGACAGUUGGCGUCCCGGUUUCACGAGCAGUUUGUGGUUAGAGAUGACUUGAUGGGUCUGGCGAUUGGGACUCACGGAGCCAAUAUUCAGCAAGCAAGAAAAGUCCCUGGAGUGACCAACAUCGACCUGGAUGAGGAGACGUGCACCUUUCACAUAUAUGGAGAGGACCAGGAUGCUGUCCGCAUAGCCAGGAGCUUCUUGGAGUUCUCCGAGGACGUCAUCAAAGUUCCCCGGAACUUAGUAGGGAAGGUGAUCGGCAAAAACGGCAAACUGAUCCAGGAAGUCGUUGACAAAUCUGGGGUGGUGCGUGUCCGCAUUGAGCCUGAGAGUGACAAGAAGCCCUUGGCACCAGCUGCAGCUGCAGCAGCGGCGGCAGCAAUAGACGAGGGAAUGGUGCCGUUUGUAUUUGUGGGGACCAAAGAGAGCAUCUCCAAUGCCACCGUCCUGCUGGACUAUCACCUCAACUACCUUAAGGAGGUGGAUCAGCUUCGUCUGGAGCGCCUUCAGAUUGACGAGCAGCUGAGGCAGAUAGGAGGGGGAGGUGGAGGCGGAGGGACGGGACCCCGGAACCCCAAAGACAAAACCUUUGUGUUCGAUAACGGCAUGGGUCUGGGGAUCGGCAGAGGAGCAGGAGGAGGAGGAAAACCCUAUGUGGGAGGAGGACGAGGAGGCAGAGGACGAAGAGGCGGUGGUGCAGUUUUUGCCUCAGGCACCAACUCAGAGGCGUCAAAUGCAUCAGAGACCGAGUCCGACCACAGAGAGGAGCUCAGCGAUUGGUCGCUGGCCCCGACCGAGGAGCUGAUGACGGGAGGCGGGACCCUGCCUCGACGAACGGAUGGGAGGAAGAGGGCAGGUGGUGGAGGGCCUCGUGGCAGAGGAGGGAGAGGAAGAGGAGGAGGUUAUAAAGGUGACGACAUGCAGUGGGGCGACCUGAGGCCUCGUCACAUCAGAGACCCCAAGCCGAGAGCGCCGGAAGAAUCACUACAAAUCUGUGUGGAUGGCAACAAUGAGCGUAGCGUGCAGCACUCCUCAGGAGGGCGAGGAGGAGGUCCUUCCUCAUCCCAGGGUGGCCUCAGUGGUGGCAGCGACGGCCCGUCUCGCCAUCACCAUCAGAGACCCAUCAGAGACCGAGGGAUGAAGAAGGAAAAACAGGACGCCCCUCCGCUGGUGAACGGGGUUUCGUAGAAGCGUCAUCGGAGGACCUUCUCACUUAGACACACUCAGAAACACAUACACAUGAUCAACCUGUCAUAAACCAUUGUAGAGUCUAGUCUCCCCGGCUUUUUCCUUCUCUGUUUUUGUCAAAUACACAAAUACACAUACUUCAUCAGCCUGGAAGCGUUUACCAUUGUGAAGUCGUAGACCAGAGUUGAUCUCGUAUCCGCUGGUCUGCUCUGUUGAGUCCUGAGUGUACUGUUCUGGUGUCUACUUGACUGGUGGGGUUUGUACCACGCUUCUCUGGAGUGACAGUUUCAAAAAGAGCACUUUUUUGUACAAAAGGAAAAGAAAAGAAGUGGACUACAGCUCAUCGCUCGCAGAGGCAUAACCCCAGUCUUCUUGUUCCUCUACCCAUCGAAUGCAAAUCGUUGUUUACUUGUUUUUUAUUACUGCCCUGUUUGAAUUUUCUCUCACUUCUAAAUGAAAUAAAUCUAACAAAUCCAGGA